GUCUUCACUCACCUUCCCUUUGACAACGCCAGAUCUACGACCCGCGCCCAUCACGACCUGGGGCCGACCUCGACGAGCCCUCUGACUACUGCUACGAAUUUCGCUCCAUCCGCCCUGACGCUUCCCCCCGCGACGCUGCCGCCAGCUGCGGCGCUCCCGGCUCCAUGGUCGCUAAGGAAUUCCUCGACUCGGACAGAGUCAACUUUCUCGUCUGGAGAUAUCUGCUCGAAGGCAACUACCGAGAGACGGCUGCCAAGUUCCAGAAGGAAUGGCACGUUAAGCAACCUCAUCGAGACUUUGACUUUGCGCGCCACGUAAAGAGCCAUGCAUUGGUGUCCGUCAUCAACCGCGGCUUGCUGUACCACGCGCUUGAGCGUGAGCAUGCGCAUAACCAGCUGCCUCAGGAUGCGGCGGCUGCGGCCGAGGCGCUGCAGGUCGGCAUCUUUGGGCCUCUAGACGCUCACCCGCCGGCCAAGGUAGAGGAGGAGGAUGAGGAUGUGGACGCCGAAGGAGAGGAAGAGGAGGUGUCGCGAAAACGGCCCCCCCAACAACUGUCAAAUGGAUCGCCGGCCAAGCGGCCGCGCCUCAGCAAUGGCUAUGAGAAUGGCGCCGAUGCAACCGCGCCCGCGACCACGCCCAUGGAUGUUGACAACCAACCCGACAACCACGCUUAUCCGUCGCCCCUCGAGGGUGAGGCGGCGCCGCCGCCGAUUGUACGUACUGACGGCCCGGAGCAGGGGACGCAGGUCGACAAGGUCGAGGAGCUGGCUCCAAACACCACCUUUAUCCGCCUCAUGGACGACGACCACGCGCAUGCCCACGGGCCUGACACGACGCCGUCUCCCUCGUCCACUGGUCCUGACAACGCUCCCAUCCUCUUGCAGUGCGAGUGGAACCCCAGAGACCCAUCCAUUCUGGCGGCUGCUGGAACCGAUGCGCUAGCCCGUGUUUGGACCAUCUCGCGUGCCACCACACCCCCGGAGCCCGGUCAAGAUCACGUGUCACCCCACGCCCACUCCCUUCUCGACCCCGAGGCCCCCCGCGAUACGACAGUGACGGCGCUAUCAUGGACCUCGGACGGUGCCUCAAUUGCGGUGGCCACGGACUCGAAGAACCAAGCCGCUAUUAACGUGUGGUCCGUCGAUGGCACGCACCUGCAGACUAUGGAGGUGUCGGAGCCCCCAGUCAUUAAGCUCUCCUGGAACCCGAGCAACACUGCCCUGCUGGCCAUCUCGCCUGACAAGGGCGGUGCUCUGGUGACUGUGUACUAUUCUCCCGCUGGCAGCUCUCUCUCCUACUUCCUUGCCGGUCACGAUAUUGCCGCGACGCCCCUUGAUGCUGCUUGGACGAGUGAUGUGGAAUUCCUACUAACAGGUGGCGACCUUUUGCUCUGCCUACUCUGUUCCGACACAACCAUCUCUCAAGUGAGGAAGUUUGAGACAAAGGAGGAUGAUGGUUUUACCCAAGUGCUCUUUGAUUGGCGGUCCAAGCUGGCGGCCACUUCGAGCGACAAGGGCACCCUCGACCUCUGGGACGAGUCUGGACAGAGGAGAUCGAUAUCUGCUCACCAAGGAGCCAUUACCGCAAUGCGUUGGCAGCCUCUCCCCGCGAACCAACCGGCAGCUGACGAUGAACGGUUGAUUGCCACGGGUGGCGACGACUGCGCCAUUCUGAUAUGGAACGCCCGAGUACCGGAGAGCAAACCCAAGUGUUUCAUGACGAUGGAUUCCCCGAUUGUGCGACUUGCUUUUACGCCAGACGGCGCCUUUAUUGCGGGAGCUACAGCAAAUCAGGUGCUGAUUUGGAAGGUCGGAAGCCACGCCAUGCCUCGAGCCAGCUGGAGCAGACCGAGACACCCAGGUUGGCUCAGCCCGAAGGCGAAUUCGGAACCGGAGGAGGAGGAUGAGCAUUGUUUGUGCUGGGAUGCGGACGGACAGAAGCUCGCUUACGGCUCUAAUAGCAGACUUGCUGUCAUCAACUUUAGCCGGUGACGGAUGCUUCCAGGCGAUGAAUAGCCAAGUCGAAGCAACUAAUGCUACAGCCCUCUUAUUCAGGAGGAUGCGAGGAAGGCGCCAAGCUGAGACGACAAGACAUCUUGACAU